CAGUGUGCAUAUGAAGUUCUAUCAGAUAGUACAAAGAAAAUUGACUAUGAUGCUCAGCUGAGGAAAGAUGAACUGAAAAGUGUUUCUCAGAGAUCACAUCAGAUGGAAAUUCUCCGGGCUUUUGUUUGUGUUGAGAGCAAAAUCUUUGAUGUUUCGGAAUGGGCAAUUUGCCAGGGAAUAGCUUGCAGGCCAAACACUCAUCGGCCAAGCUUCCAUGUGAACAUGGUUGGUUUGGAGAAGACAAAUUCCACGGGUGAGAGGAGUAAUUCAAGCAGAUACCCAUGGGACUUGGAUGCAGAAAUGAUGGAGGAUGAAGAGGAAGAAUUUGAGAUGUGGCUACAAGAAGCUUUAGCCUCUGGUCUUUUCUGUGAAACUUCCAAACGUCGAAAAAGCUGGAGUCCCUUCAAACUCCCUCAGAAGAAGGGGAAGAAGCAAUGGCGAAGAACAUCUCAGUGAUUGUAGUAAAAAAAAAGAAGUUGGAAACAUUUUUUUCCUUUUCUUCCAGCAACAUCCCCAAUGAUGUUACUUAAAAUUGUCACACACGCUCUAUAAAGAACAAAAGAUUCAUGUGGAUGGUUGACAGCAGAACUCGAAAGAAAGACAAACAGACGAAACUAGAAUGAACCACCAGGCAGAGACAUUUGUUUUCCCUUUGUAAAAUGUAAAUACCUUUGCUGCCCCCUGAUUGUUCAUGUGGAAAGUUUUUUUUAUUGAGUCUUGUCUUGGUCAUGGAAGAAGAACAUCUCUUAUUGUACAUUAAUAGUCAUACUUUUCUCUUUUGCAUGCUCAGUAAUAAAAUUUACAGACAAGUUACUUUUUUA